GAUCAAAAUGCCUAAUCGAUAAAUUGGGUUUGGCUGAGAGCGAAAAUUCCUGGCGGGAAAUAAAAACCCACAAAACAAAAUUUGUUGCCGCCAUUUGUUUAUUUUUAUAGUUGGAUAGGUUUAUAUGAGAAGUAGAGAGAAUUAGAGAGAGAAACGGCGAAAUGGAGAAAGUAGUAUCAGAGGCGGAGGAGCUACCAAAGGCUAUCGUGCGCCGUGUGGUGAAGGAUAAGCUAUCCCAGUGUUCCUCCGACGCCGACAUUAACGUUCACAAAGACGCCCUUCUCGCUUUCUCAGAGAGCGCUCGAAUCUUCAUCCACUACCUUUCCGCCACGGCUAACGACAUCUGCAAGGAAUCGAAGAGGCAGACAAUCAACGGUGACGAUGUAUUGAAAGCGUUGGAAGAGAUUGAGUUUCCUGAGCUUCUGAAGCCUCUCAAGGCCUCUCUUGCCGAGUUUAGAAAGAUGAAUGCUGGAAAGAAGGCAGCGGCAUCAAAAGGAAAGGAAGUAAAAGGAAAAGAAGUGAAAGGAAAAGAAGUGAAAGGAAAGGAAGUGAAAAAGAAGAGAAAGUUGGAAGAGGAGUCAUCUCACGAAACUGAAGCAAGUGAUAGCAAACAAGAUGAAAAGGAUGAGAAUGAAGAGGAAGCCGAAGAUGAAGACAAUGGAGAUGAUGAGGAAGGAAGUGGUGAUGAAUGAGCUGCUUCAAUUGCUUUUUCAAUUCAAGAGGGUCAAAUAUUAACUCAUGCUGUUAACUGUAUCUACCUUUUCUAUUACUUGUUUUCUUCUCAUUUUUUUUUAAUUUCCCUUUUGUUUUUUGUUUUGAUUCACUGGCUGUUGUCUGAUAUUUAGGGGAGUAUCUAAAUGAAUGCUACAUGUUAUUAAUCAUAUUGUAAUUAGCUUUAUGGAUUGUAAUCAGACAAUGAUUAGCCUUUUCUUAAAAAAUCAUUCCAUAAAGGUUAA